AAAAAAAAACAUAAACUGAAAAUUUUCCUUAGUUUCUCCAAAAUCAAGAAAACACACACAAAAAAAAAUUGUUGUAAGAAAACAUGGCACAAGUUGUAGCAAAAAAGAGACCUCCUAUAUCCUCAAAGCCAUCUCCCAAUGUUCUCCCUUACCAAACUCCAAGAUUAAGGGAACAUUACACUCUUGGUAAGAAAUUAGGCCAAGGACAAUUUGGUACAACAUAUCAAUGUACUGAAAAGGCAACAGGGCUACAAUAUGCAUGUAAAUCAAUUCCAAAAAGGAAACUUUUAUGUAGGGAAGAUUAUGAGGAUGUUUGGAGAGAAAUUCAAAUAAUGCAUCAUUUGUCUGAACAUCCUAAUGUUGUCAGAAUCAAAGGGACUUAUGAAGACAAUCUUUUUGUCCAUAUAGUUAUGGAAUUGUGUAAAGGGGGUGAGCUUUUUGAUAGGAUUGUUCAAAAGGGACAUUAUAGUGAAAGGCAAGCUGCACAUUUGAUGAAAACAAUUGUUAAGGUUGUUGAGGCUUGUCAUUCUCUUGGUGUCAUGCAUAGAGAUCUUAAGCCUGAAAAUUUCUUAUUUGAUAGUUCUGAUGAAGAUGCUACUCUCAAGGCUACAGAUUUCGGGUUGUCGAUUUUUUAUAAGCCUGGGCAAUAUGUCUCUGAUGUUGUAGGAAGUCCAUAUUAUGUUGCUCCUGAAGUGUUGCAUAAAUUCUAUGGACCUGAAAUAGAUGUAUGGAGUGCUGGAGUCAUCUUAUACAUCUUGUUAUCUGGGGUUCCUCCUUUUUGGGCUGAGACGGACAAUGGUAUAUUCAAGCAGAUUUUGAAAGGGAAGAUAGACUUUGAAUCUGAACCAUGGCCUCACAUUUCUGAUAGUGCAAAAGACUUGGUUAAAAAGAUGCUCGAUAGGGAUCCUAAAGCACGAAUAACUGCUCAUGAAGUCCUAUGUCAUCCGUGGCUUGUGGACGAUGCAGCUGCUCCAGACAAACCUUUGGGAUCUGCAGUGUUGAAUCGUCUUAAGCAGUUCUAUGAUAUGAACAAACUUAAAAAGAUGGCUUUACGAGUCAUAGCAGAAAGGCUUUCAGAGGAAGAAAUAGGAGGCCUAAAGCAGUUGUUCAAAAUGAUCGACACAGAUAGCAGUGGAACAAUCACAUAUGAGGAACUGAAAGAUGGCUUGAAAAGAGUAGGGUCUGACCUAGUGGAGUCCGACAUUAAGGCCCUGAUGAAAGCGGCUGACUUUGACAACAGUGGCACGAUUGACUAUGGUGAAUUCAUUGCUGCAACGUUGCAUUUGAAUAAGACGGAGAGAGAGGAGAAUCUGCUUGCUGCAUUCUCCUACUUUGACAAAGAUGGAAGUGGUUAUAUUACAACUGAUGAGCUUCAACAAGCUUGCGUAGAAUUUGGCCUUGGUGAUGUUAAAUUGGAUGACAUAAUUAAAGAGAUUGACAUAGACAAUGAUGGACGUAUAGAUUAUGGCGAAUUUGCAACAAUGAUGAAGAAGGGAAAUACAGGAUUUGCAGCUAGAACAAUGAGAGGCAAUUUGAAUUUUAACUUGGCAGAUGCACUUGGAGCAAGUGACAGUGAGAAAAAACAAUAGAAGCAUGAUUGUUUACCAGACCAAGCUGAUAGAACACGUUGGACCAACCGAUAACCGGAGGAGGUCAAGGAGGCUUUCAACCGGACGAGAGGGGUCAAGUAGAGCUGUAUUUGCCAAGACAAUGUUGGACUAUUACCAGCAUAGAUUGGUGCUCUAUUAUUUUGUCAUGGUAGAUAGGUUUAGUGCUAUAGUAGCAAAAUUACAGUUGUUGCUACUCUCAACAACAGCAUGCCCAGUAUCUUUCCACGAGCGGGAUUUGGAGAGGGUGGGAUGUAAGCAGACGUUACUCUUACCUUUGCUACUUUAUCUUAUAUAAUUUGAGGGUUUUUCCUCUAGUUCAUAAAUUCUAAAAUACUACAGUUGUUUGUACCUGAGAAGUGUUGUUAAAACCUUCUUUAUGUCUAUAUUAA